AUGGUAGCAACGAGUUUGUGUGACAACGUAACAGAAGGAGAUGCAGACAUGAAGACAGAACGUGGGAAAGUGGAGCAGGAACCUGAGCUGGGAAGAACUGAGACCUCUCCAAAUCCAAACGAAGUUAAAGAUUACGUUAUUCACCAAGUUCAUACUGAAAUUAGAGAAUCGCAGGAGCUUAAGAAAAUGCGCAUCUGGCGAAUGAACCUGCGUAUCCGGGGUUCUCUUCAGGGAGGUUGCUCGUCCAUGAAACACACCCCAGCCUGCAGCCACCUGGGUGUGGGGAACCAAGGGCUAGCGAACCAGGCGGGCAGGGGCGGAACUUGCCGGGACUGCGGCCUAUUAGCAGGCCCCUCUUACCCCGCGGGCGGUGCGGCUCCGCCCCGCCCCUCCAGCGUCGGCCCCGCCCCCACGAGGGUGGGGGCCGUGUUGGUUACUAGCAGGGCUGAGGCGGGGGCCGGGCUCCCACUGGGCUCGUGCGUUCUGCGCCCGCCGCGGCGGUGCAGAGCCCGCUGGCUCCCGAUUGUCCUCUGCGGCGGUGGCGGUCGCUGUCUCCUUGCCUCGGGGCCCGGGGCUGCAGGGGCCAGAGCGAGUGCGCCUCCUGCUCGCCGACCGCGGCUGCCCAGAGCAGGAUCUACUUUUGCUAACAAGCGUAUGUCACUGCCAAAAUGGUUAAUUCUGGACCGAGAACUACAGAGACAAGGUAGAUAAAGAGCAAUUAUUCUUCGUUGAAAGAUUAAAGAUAAUUGAAUUGGGGACCCAUCUGGCUUUGUGAUUUGCUGGAGUGACUUAAGAAAACUAAUUGCUUUGGUAAACAGCUGGGCUAUUAAAAAUAAUUUUUAUAGUGUAAUUUUGUACGCACCUUAUAUACUUGGAAAAACCAUUUAAAUUCUUUCUCUAACAAUUGGGCAUAAAAUAAAUCAACUCACACUGAGUUGAAAUGCAUCAUGUAGAAAACAGAGCCUUUUCACUUUCACUUUAAAUUGUACCAGAAGAAACAUGCUAUUUAAAAAACAAUCUUUUUUUUUUUUUUUUGAGAUGGAGUCUCACUCUGUUAC